UGAAAAUGGCUGACUGCAAAAUGAAGACAUUUAAACAUCAUUCAGUUCUAAAUGUGUUGGAACACAUGCCACAAAGGUUGCAGCAUGAACGGAACAGUCAGACAGAUCACCGUGGCCACAGACCCAGGGAUCCCUUAUUUCCUGCGAGUUGACUUUGCCGGCGACCUUGGUGCUGGCUUCACGCUCGCUCUCUCCGAUCUCAUCUCUGCGUGGAACGGAGAAGUUUCAGAAGAUGAGGUUCGGGAGGAGGCCAGCCACAUGGAGGUCCCGAUGGAGAGAUACGUCGAGGAUCUUCAUCAAGCACUGAUGGGCGGCGGAGACGGGAGGAGAGCCGAUGACGUAGACGUCUAUUCUUUCCAGCUCACUCCGGAUCGCCGUCAACUCUCUUAUCACAAAAUGUGUGACGGUGUCCCGGUGCGUUUGGGCUCUUUAACGCUUCAGCCCGCUCCAGAUCCGUUUGCGCUGAUCCGGGAGUUGAUUCGACAGUCGCUCAAACGCAACACGAACCUGGUGAAGGAAAACUCGCAACUAUUGGAGGAGAACCGUAAAUUGAAAGAGCAUCACGCGCAAAUCCUUCAAGAGCUCGAACAUCGUGUUCAGGAUAAGGAAACGAUGACAAGGGACCUGUACGGCCGUUUUGUUCUGGUGCUCAAUGAGAAGAAGGCUAAGAUCAGGAGCCUGCAGGAUGAGAUUAGUCAGCUCCGACCGACUGCCCCCGUUCAAAGGAAGCAAAGAGCAACUUCAAGUGAGGACGACAGCCCAGACAGUCAAGAGGAGACAUUUCAGGACAGCCAUCCAUCGCUGGAACCAACCAUCCUCAUCGCAGCCUAUACUACAAGAAGUUGACAGUCAAGGACACGUGACUACGGAGCGGCCCACGACAAAAAUGACUUUGACACCUCAGCUCUAGAUAAAGGA